AUGUGGUGGUAUUCCCGAUUACCCUCUUGGGUGCUUGGCCUCACCCUGAUAACUGGAGUCUUAGCCUUCCCCCUACAGAACCAAGCCGCAGGGGUCCGGAUGGCCAUCGAUUCUAAUUUCCCGGACCCUGGCUUUGUUCAGGCAGGUGAUGGGACUUGGUAUGCAUUUGGCACCAACGGAAAUGGGAAACGUGUCCAGGUUGCUACUUCUCCGGACUUCAGAUCGUGGACUCUCACGGAUAGGGAAGCCCUGCCCACUCUUGCAGGAUGGGAGACGGAAAUAGACCAUUGGGCUCCUGAUGUAGUUCGUCGGAACGAUGGCAAAUAUGUCUUGUAUUACUCGGGAGAGGCUAAACAGAUGCUUAGACACCACUGUGUUGGGGUUGCCGUCUCGGAGGGCACGGAUCCUGCCGGACCAUAUGUGCCUAACGAGGAGCCGCUUUCGUGUCGUUUGGACCUGGGCGGAUCGAUUGAUCCCUCAGGGUUCCUUGACAAGGACGGCAGCCGCUACGUGGUGUUCAAAGUCGACGGCAACAGCGUUGGAAAUGGGGGUGACUGCAACAAUGGCAUUCCUCCGCUUAAACCGACCCCGAUUCUUCUGCAGAAAGUGAAGGCGGAUGGGUUCACGCCCGACGGUGACGCCGUCCAAAUCCUGGACCGGGAUGACAGCGACGGACCGCUCGUUGAGGCGCCCAACCUGAUCUUGCACGGUGACACAUACUUCCUGUUUUACUCCACCCACUGUUUCACCGACCCUAAGUAUGAUGUGCGAUACGCGACCUCGAAGUCCAUCACUGGACCCUACGUGAAGACGGGCCAGAAGCUGCUUAAAACAGGAGACUAUGGCUUAACAUCGCCUGGGGGAGGUACAGUAUGCGGCUGCGGUGAUAAGAUGCUUGUCCACGGGUUCUGUGGAACCGACAAACGGUGUACAUAUGCUGCAGACCUCUUGAUCCAGGGGGAGCAGGUUACGAUUCUAUGA